CUAAGUCAAUAUAUUUACAUUCGUUUGUUCCACAAUUUUACGAGGAUAGAAGAUUUAUGUAGUAAAAAGAGGAAAAAAUCAAGAUGUAAUGGAUUUCGAAGAAAAUCGUGGGAAUAUAAUUAUUCCUAUUUACCACGAAGAAACAUUAUCGAAGGUCACAUAUAGAAGAAGAAGAGGGAAAGUAUGCAAUUUCUCCCCUCCUGUGAAUAAUAUGCGCCUUCUUGACACCUCUCGAUGAUAUAUGAAAGAGCACAUGUCACCUGCUACUCAUUACACCCACGUCACUCACUUAUGUUCAUUCGUAAUUGUUUGUUAAUAACAAUAUAAAGUUUGAACGUAACGUAUACUGUUUGAUGUUGGUAUCGAAUCGAACGGUUUAACGAAGUACAUCAUACGAACUACAUCAUAAGUGUAAUGCAAAAAGUAUCGGUUAGUUGGAAAAACAAUGAAUGGUAAAAGCGAAAUGAAAAGCUCCAGUGAACCAAUUAAUUAUUUUAAACAUUCUACGAAUUUCUAAGUGUUCUAAUAAUAAUUAGUCAAGAUGGGAAUGUAUAUAAAAAACUUGAUGGAGGAUAGAAAUUCAGAGAGGAAAAAUAAUCAGAUUCGGUCAACUAAUGUGACAGAGCAGAUACAUCAAGUGUCGAGAGAAAAACGAGGAGAACAUUAUGGGAAAUUUAAACGAUUUCGUGGAUGUACCAUUUGGUUAACGGGACUUUCAGGCGCUGGCAAGACUUCCAUUUCGUUUCAGCUCGAGAAUCACCUUGUUUCUCAGGGUAUACCUGCGUACAGUCUCGACGGUGACAACAUUCGUGGGGGUCUGAAUCGAAACCUUGGCUUCAGCAAAGAGGAUCGCGAAGAAAAUGUACGAAGAGCGGCAGAAGUAGCAAAAUUAUUCGCAGAUUGUGGGAUAAUUACCAUCUGCAGCUUCGUUUCACCAUUCGAGGAUGAUAGAAGACUGGCCAGAAGUAUUCACGAGGAAUUUAAUUUAAGAUUCUUUGAAAUCUUUGUGCAAGCUUCGGUGGAGACCUGCGAAGCAAGGGAUGUGAAAGGUCUCUAUGAAAAGGCUAGAAAAGGUGCGAUUAAAAGUUUCACUGGUAUCGGUCAGGAUUACGAGGCACCCAAGCAUGCUGAUUUUGUUGUAAAUACCGAAGAUCAUAGUUUAGAUACUUCGAAGAAAAUGGUCAUUGAUUUUCUUAUCAAAGAAGGAAUUAUUCCAAUGAUACCGGAACCUGUCGAAGAAUUGUUCAUCCCAGAGGAAAAACUGAAAGAUGCGAAACGAGAGGCAGACAAACUUUUCAGUAUUGAAAUUAAUGAUAUUGAUUUGCAAUGGAUUCAAGUACUUGCCGAGGGUUGGGCAAGUCCACUCAGAGGUUUCAUGAGAGAAGAUCAAUAUCUAAAAUGCCAGCACUUCAAAAUCAUCGAAGAAGGCCAAAGCAGCGUCAUUAAUCAGUCGAUACCAAUCGUACUUCCGGUUACCACGGCUCAAAAAGAAAAAUGUACAAAUUCAACAGCGUUGACAUUGAAGUAUCAAGAUCGAAUUAUUGCAAUCUUAAGGAAACCUGAAUUUUUCGCUCAUCGAAAAGAAGAAAGAUGUUGUAGAGAAUUUGGGACAAAUGAUCCUGGACACCCGUACGUAAGGAUGAUACAUAAUUCAGGUGAUUGGCUAAUUGGAGGCGAAUUAGAAGUUUUUCAACGAAUUCGAUGGAACGAUGGUCUCGAUAAAUACAGACUGACCCCUAAUGAAAUUCGAAAAAUGUGUAAAAAAAUGGGUGCCGAUGCUGUUUUUGCUUUUCAAUUAAGGAAUCCGAUACACAAUGGCCAUGCACUUUUAAUGCAGGAUACAAGAAGAUACCUUGUAGAAGAACGUGCUUUCAAGAAACCAGUUCUUCUCUUACAUCCUCUGGGAGGAUGGACAAAAGAGGAUGAUGUACCAUUGUCUGUAAGGAUAAAUCAACAUCAAAGUGUUCUCGAAGAGGGUGUAUUACACAAUGACACUAUACUUGCCAUUUUUCCAAGCCCCAUGCUCUAUGCUGGACCUACAGAGGUGCAAUGGCAUGCUAAAGCAAGAAUGAUGGCAGGAGCAACCUUUUAUAUCGUUGGACGAGAUCCCGCGGGUCUGCCUCAUCCUGACAAAUCAAAAACACCAGAUGGCAAUCUGUACGACGGAACCCAUGGGUCCAAAGUUUUAUCGAUGGCGCCAGGACUCGAGGGUCUUGAAAUAAUUCCGUUCAGAGUAGCAGCAUAUGACAAUAGAGCGAGAAGAAUGGCGUUCUUCGAACCAGAACGAUCUCAGGACUUUAGUUUUAUCUCUGGCACUAAAAUGCGAGCUUUAGCGAAAUCCGGUGAAAAACCACCGGAAGGAUUCAUGGCACCAAAAGCAUGGCGAAUCGUCGCGGAUUAUUAUCAAGAAAAAUUACGGAACAAUAAUUAAUUACGGAAGCGCUAUCAACAAACUGUUUCACGAGUACGUAAGGAACAAUUAACAGUUAAAAACAGCGCAACAUAUUUUUUUUUUUUUUCCUUCAACUUUAAUUUAAUUUGAUAAUUAAAAUGAUAAACAAAUGGUUCGUUCUUUAUAAAAGAUGAAAUUUACACCUGGUAUAAAUAAAUACAUCAAAGUAAUAUAUUUUCUUUUCUCCCAAUGUUCGUUAAAAAUGAUCCCUGUAAAGGCGAGAAUGAAGGAUGAAAAUAAAUAAGUUUAAUUUAUCGUUUCGCUAAUAUCGAUAUUAUACAUAUCGGUAUGUAUGUAUAUUAUGUGUGUUCUCUUUUAUACUUCUAUAUCGUAUAAUUACGUUUAUUGCAUCAGACACGAGAAGUUUGUAAUCGAGCUUAUGUAAGUACGUACGCCAUUUUUUAACUUUUCUUCGUUUCUGCUUUUUCAAGAAAGACAGUAGAGAAAGAAGAAGGUAUUUAUGUACGACGAUUAGGAUUUAGUUCGUUUAGUUUCUAAUAAACUCUUUCUUUUUC